AUGAAUGUAAUUCAAAGAUGGCGGCGGAGGGAGGAGGGAAGGAGAUUAACGAAAUUAAAACUCAAUUCACUACACGGGAAGGCGUCUAUAAACUCCUCACUCAUUCCGAAUAUAGCCGCCCCAAUAGGGUGCCUUUCAAUUCCCAGGGUUCGAACCCUGUCAAAGUUUCAUUUGUCAACGUCAAUGACCAGUCUGGCAACGGCGACCGAAUAUGUUUCAAUGUGGGCCGGGAGCUGUACUUCUACAUCUACAAAGGCGUUAGAAAGGCUGCUGAUCUGAGCAAACCUAUCGACAAGAGGAUAUACAAAGGAACACAGCCCACAUGUCACGACUUCAACCACCUCACGGCCACGGCGGAGAGCGUCUCCCUGUUGGUGGGCUUCUCGGCUGGCCAAGUGCAGCUCAUCGACCCAAUCAAGAAGGAGACCAGCAAGCUCUUCAAUGAGGAAGUAAGUCGGGACAAAAGUAAAAAAAAAAAAAGAAAGAAAAAGCAAAAAAGUAGAGAAAAGAAAGUAGAGAUGGAAAUUACAUUGGAACUAGCCUCAAAUAGACUAAUAGACAAAUCCAGAGUAACUUGUGUAAAAUGGGUGCCAGGCUCAGAGAGUCUGUUCCUAGUCACUCAUUCCAGUGGAAACAUGUACUUGUACAACAUGGAGCACACGUGUGGCACCACGGCACCUCACUACCUGUUGCUCAAACAGGGUGAGAACUACUCAGUGCACACUUGUAAGAGCAAGUCCACGCGCAACCCCUUGCUCAAAUGGACGGUGGGCGAGGGAGCCCUUAACGAGUUUUCUUUCUCACCUGACGGGAAGUUCCUGGCGUGCGUGAGCCAGGACGGCUUCCUUCGGGUCUUCAACUUUGAUGCGGUGGAGCUGCAAGGGACCAUGAAAAGCUACUUUGGGGGUCUGCUGUGUGUGUGCUGGAGUCCAGACGGAAAGUACAUUGUCACGGGGGGCGAGGAUGAUCUGGUGACCGUGUGGUCGUUUGUGGACUGCCGGGUUAUUGCACGCGGUCACGGACACAAGUCGUGGGUGAGUGUGGUGGCGUUUGACCAUUACACAACCAGUGUGGAGGAUGCGGACCCUAUGGAGUUCAGCGGCAGUGACGAGGACUUCCAGGACCAGAUCCACUUCGGUCGCGACCGGGCCAACAGCUCGCAGUCCCGACUCUCUAAGCGCAACUCCACGGACAGUCGGCCGGUACAGGUCACAUACAGGUUUGGUUCAGUGGGCCAGGACACUCAACUCUGCUUGUGGGACCUCACAGAAGAUAUCCUUUUCCCCCACCUCCCGCUUUCCCGGACAAGAACGCACACCAAUGUGAUGAAUGCUACCAGCCCCCCGGCGGGAGCGGACGUGGCUGCGGGAGGCGGGGUAGGUGGUGGCAUAGAGAGUAUUAGCCCUAGCACUAACGGCACCAACACCCCUGGUAACCCCCUCCCUACUCCCCUGCCACGCUCCAACAGCUUACCGCACUCUGCAGCUAUGACCGCCAACAGCAAGAGUAGCGUCAUGGACAACACUAUCGCCACAGGCGUAAGCAAGUUUGCCACACUCUCCAUUCACGAUCGCAAAGAGCGGCACCACGAGAAGGACCACAAAUGGAACCACAGCAUGGGCCACAUUAGCAGCAAGAGCAGUGACAAGCUCAACAUGCUCACCAAAACCAAAACAGACCCUGCAAAGACACUGGGUACGCUGCUCUGUCCCCGCAUGGAAGACAUACCCUUACUAGAGCCCCUCAUCUGUAAAAAAAUAGCACAUGAGAGACUGACUGUCUUAAUAUUUCUUGAAGACUGUAUAGUGACAGCUUGUCAGGAGGGAUUUAUUUGCACAUGGGCAAGGCCUGGCAAAGUGGGUUUGUCAUCCCAAAACCAAGCCAGCUCUCCCAGUGGAACUGUAGUAUAGCCCACAUUAUUUAUGCUGCUAGGAAACCUGCAUCACAGAGCUGUAUUGGCACCAGAGCCUGGUGCUGCUUUUCACCCUGCAAAGCACUGCAAGUUUAUUUUAUUUUUGGUUAUCAUACACAUGGCGGAAGUAUUCAAAUACAGAAAUGGAAAGGGUGUGGUGCAGUUUUGGACAGUGGCUCUGUACUUUUCUGGAAUUUUGUAAAAUAUUUUUUUAUAAUUUGCCUUCUCUCGCUCAUAUACGUUAGGCUGUUUUUCUGGACUUCGAGCUUGGCUUAGUUGAUGAAACCAUUCAUAUUAUGCUUGUGUUUAAAAGGAUAGUUCACCCAACAACUUUUAUCAUUCCUGUUUCUUACCUUGCAAGUUGUCCAUGGGCCAGGAAUGACUGCCACAAGCUGUCACAGGCUAAAGUUGACUGAAUUACACAAAAACAGAGGUGUUCCAUAGUGCCCACUAUCCAUUGUCUAAAAAUUGCGCACACAAAUCAUGUCCUUCAUCUACAUUAGCCUUUAUGAUUUGGAAUAUGUGCAUUAUCAAAGGGUACUACAGUUGCUAAAGUCAAACUAUGUUCUUGACCUACCUACACACUAUCACAUAUUUUGAUGUGGCUUGUCUUCCGUUCAGAAGGUGGUCUCGGUCAUCGUAGGUGUGGUUUUUGCAGUCAGUCCAGGCUCAGACUGCAUUUGAAGUAAGAAAAAGAUUAACCAAAAUGAAAUUAGUGUAAACUAUCCCUUUAAGUCCAAGAAUGUGGGUAUCUAAAGAUUUGCUUUCAUCCAAAGUAUUUUUAAUUUACUGAACAAAAAUUUAAACGCAACAUGUAAAGUGUUGGUUUCAUGAGCUGAAAUAAAAGAUUAACGUAAAAUGUU